AUGCCACCCCCCGACCGCCUGGGCGGCCCCCUAGCCACAAGCCUCGCCCUCACCUCCCCAAACGCGAUCCACUCCGUCGCGGUCUCCGAACCCAUCGUCGACUGGGUCAGCCUCGACAGCGGAAGUGGUGAGGACGACUCCUCCUCCCCAGAAACCGCGAUUCCCAUAAAAAGGAAACCAAAGCCCUACCAAUACACCUCCACCGACGCAAAAUCCCUGCUCUCCCUGCGCUCCCAGCUCUUCCCGAAACCAGAUAGCUACUUCGACCCCUUCGCGUCUCCGACCCUCUUCCUCCGCGCUCCGGGCCGAGAUUGCCCGCAACCAUACCUAGACUUCGAUGAUAUCUCAGACAGCGAAGCCUUCGGACCCUAUGACGACGAUACGCACACUCGCACCCACUCCUUCUCUUCAUCUUCGACAGAGGAGCAAGAAAAUCCAGCGGUAUUGAGGCCGGUUAAGCGCCGCAAAGUGCUCCGACGCUGGCCGGCCAACGGCCCACCAGAGAGUGCGGACUUGCCUCGUUUCCGGGUGUUCGUGAGCGAUGAUCUGGAGGGUGAGGGGAUGGUGCUGAGGCAGCAGGGGGUGGAGUUGGUGGAGCUGAUGCGGAAGGUGUGCUUUUAUGGACAGGAAAAAGAGGUUGCGGAAAUGAGGGUGGGAGUGGAUGUGCUUCCGGGUAGGCAGAGAGAGGAGGGCAUGCUAGGAAUAGAGGAAGCGGCUAGAUGGCUGGCGCAGAGGCAGGAGGAAGAUGCAUGA